AGAAGGUGCAGAGCAGUUUGAGCCGUAGAGCAGACAGUGACAGAGAGAGAGAUCAGAUCCGAAGGAGAGAGAGAGAGAGAUGAGCGAGAGUGAGAAGCAGAGGGUAACGGGAAAGGUCAAGUGGUUCAAUGAUCAGAAGGGAUUUGGCUUCAUAACCACCGAUGACGGCGGCGAGGAUCUCUUCGUCCACCAGUCCUCCAUCCGAUCCGACGGUUUUCGCAGCCUCGCCCUAGGAGAGUCCGUCGAGUUCCUCAUCGACUCCGAUUCCGAAGGCCGCACCAAGGCCGUCGACGUCACCGGCCCUGACGAAUCGCCCGUGCAGGGCACCCGCGGUGGUGGAGGAGGGGGAAGAGGUGGAUACGGCGGCGGCGGUGGUGGUGGAAGAGGUGGCUAUGGCGGCGGAGGACGCGGAGGACGAGGUGGAUAUGGAGGCGGUGGCGGAUAUGGAGGAGGUGGAUAUGGCGGAGGCGGUGGGUAUGGUGGAGGUGGUGGUGGUGGAGGGGGUUGCUAUAAGUGUGGGGAGACAGGUCACAUGGCGAGGGACUGCAGCCAAGGUGGAGGCGGCGGUGGAAGGUACGGCGGAGGUGGUGGCGGCGGUGGCGGUGGAAGCUGCUACAACUGUGGGGAGUCUGGGCAUUUUGCGAGGGACUGCACUUCGAAUGCGCGUUGAUUUGUGGGGCCUUGCUUUUGUGUUUUGUGGUUCUUUUGCUUUCUUUUUUUCGUUUUCCUACUCUGAAGAUUAUGCUUUAGAAAUAGGAUUAGCUAGGGUGUGGCUUCUCUGCGUUUUUAUUUUUAUUUUUUACAUUAAAAGCCAUUAGUUGCUGGGUUUA